CUACAUGCCAUAUGUCGGCCGGCAUGUGUCUGUCAGAGUGUCUGCGUAUGUGGGGACACUAACAGCACAAUGUCCCAGUCAAUGAACAUCGCACACAAGGCUGUCUGUCUGUCUGUCUUGUCUGGCUAUCGAUCGCCCUCUUGGCUUCAACCUCUACACCCAUUCACUCCUCCGAUCUGACUCAAUCGACCACACCAAAAACACCACCACACACAAAAACGGCCAGUGUGCUCCUUACGUCAGACCACGUCAGGUCACAUCCACGUCAGAGACUGCACAAGGUAGGAUCGGGGUGAGCGAGGCCGCUCCCUCCAGGCCCGCCCACCGUGAUGGCCAUGCCCAUGAAGCGCAGGGAAGGACCUGGCCGAUGUCGGCCGAUACCAAUCCACACCACCACCACCACCACCUCUGUCGGUGUCGCCAUGUGGAGCUGACCCUGCCCCUGCCCUUCUCUCCUCGCCAUCCUGCUGCUGCCGUGCUUCUGGUCCAUUAUCUGCCAUCAGUCGAGCACCGACAGGCUCGCUCACUCCCCUCGUCAGGGUGAUGCCGUCACACUUGGGGUAGGUGCUGCAUCCAUGGGGCGGAUCGGCGCACGCUUCGCUGGCACUCGCUGCUGGCUGCUGUGGCCGUGGUAGUGGUGGUAGCAGGUCCGAUGAUGACGACUCGGGCUGGGUUAUCGGGGGAGGGGGUGAGGAGGGCCCACCACCGGGACUCUGUCUGAGGAGCUGUGCGAUCCAGCGACGCCCCUUCUGGCGAAUCUUUCCCACCAGACGGCCCGUUGCCGCGCGAAGAGGUGGGGCGGGGGCCGCAGCAGACGGGUCACUCGUCGGCUGAUACACACGCCACCAGUCUGCACGACCAAACACACCACACACCAGGAGAGAGAAUUGAGGACAUAUUAGCAGCUUCCUCCUCUCUUUUCUCUAUGUGUGCUGCACACCUGAGGCCACCGCAGGCGACGCAGCUGUCGAGGGCAGCGCGGCCGGGGAUGCCUGUCCCUCAGGCGACGACUGAGUCAGCUGCACCAUCCGGAAGCGAAAAUGGACUCGCCGCUUCCGGAAGACACUGGCAGAGUUGCUCCACCGAAACGUGUAGCGCACCAGAGGCCGCGAGGGCAGGGACGGGGAGAGGGGAGACAUGUCAGGCCCUGGCACAGAGACGGCAUGGCGAGGGGGGAGGGGGGGCAGCAGCAACGGGCCACCCAUCCCGUCAGCUCUCUCUUGCUCCGCCGGAGCUCGUGGUGCUGGUGCCGCUGUGGCAGCUGUGGCGUCGCUCUCCUCUUCCAGCCGGCCGCCCUCCACCAUCAGCUGGAAGGAGGGGCCAUCGGUGUCACCACUACAAGCAGCAAGGCCAGGCCACGACCGAGACCGAGACAGCGACCGACGCGAGGGAGCGCCGUGCAGAGGGGCGGGGAAAGGUGCCGGUUGCUCGGCUAUGAUGGAUAGCAGAGAGGGCGUUGAGGGGGCGUGUGUGGGCAGGGAGGGCGAGCGAGGGACGGGCUCGCACGGGUAUGACUUGGAUCGUCUCGUCAGCCAUCGUGGGCGCCGUUCCACAGCAGAGGCCGACAGCGACAUCGGGCCGGUCGACGCCAGCAGCUUGCUCGGUGCCUCGUCGACCGCCCUGCUCUUGUCUCUCGCUGAGCUCUUGCUCUCAUCGCUCGUGUGAUGGGCGGGCUCGCUCGCUGAGGGCUUCGAUGCAGGCCGCAGCCACCCCGUUGCCCACGACGGCCGCCUCCCAGGCAUGUCAUCAUUCUCACCCAUCACGCCGGUGUCCCCUCCUCCUUUGUCAUCGCUGCUGUGCGGGCCCCACACGAGGCCGCGAUCGGCCGGGUCGUCGCCAGUGAGACCUACCACAUAGGCCAGUGGGUGGUGGAAGCAGCCCUCCACGGCCCCAUCGAUGGCACGGUGGCAGGCCAGUGGAUGCACCAGCACCGCAGGAUCGCCAGCAGGGGUAGAGGGGGAAAGAGACCCAUCGGUUGACAUCAUUGACGUCUGCGGCUGGUCUGCUGCUGACGCAUCCGGUGGUGCUGCUGCUGGUGGUGGUGGUCGUUCGGGCAGCUGCUGGGAAACGUCGUCUCCUUUCUGCUCGUGAUCAGAUGUGGGUGGGAGAGAAGGCGGCCGUGCCUCGACCGACGUGGCGAUGAGCGAGCCGGCGAAGUCCUGAUCUGUCGUGGCGGUGUCGGCUGAUGCCUCGCCUGACGGGAAUGCGGGGGCGGGAAAGUGGGCCGGAGGGGAGGGGGUCGCCUCGCCGUCUCCAUAGUCAUGAUACGGUGAACCGUCACCCUCGCGGCUCUCGUGCUGCUCCCUGGCCUGUGGUCGCUGGUAGGUCUGGAUGGCUGCCCGGGCGAUGUUGGCUGGGGAGCUGGUGCUGGUGCUGGUGGUGCUGCCCUCGACGAUGAGGGCGGCGGUGACGGUGAAGUCGAUAUCGUGCUCGAGCAGAUCGAACUCCCACUCCACCUGAGAAAGAAGGACACACACACAGACACGCAGAGACCAAUGGUCAGGUCGCCGGCAAGAUUGAAUGCCGCAUGUCGGUCCUGUGUUUUCUGCCGCCUUACUUUGGCGAAAGGCGGGCAGACGCACUCGAGACAGACCACGGCAGCAGUGCCGGCCUCCACACCGAACGCCAGAGACCCAUCCCACUUUCCCUCAGGCCCCCCACCCACCACCAGCCGCUCAGACGAUCUCCGCCCCUCGUCUGGGGCGGCCUCACCCGUGCUGACCGGCGGCACAAACAGUCCCCUGCCCAUGUCGAACAUAGCCGAGAUGCCGCCUGUCAACAGAUCUGCAGCUUGUUGGGCGUAAAGCAAAGUGGGAUGCAUUGCCGGGCUCACAGGCUCGCUCGUGGAUGCGGUCGACCGACGAUGGUCUGGAAAGUGGCUGGUAGGUGGCGAGGGCAGGUGAGGGGCAGGAGGCCCUCGCUGUGAAGGGAAGCCCAGGUCAGCCACAGGCAGGGUCGAUGCCUCGCCGUCGUCCUGCCCGGCGCUGCAUCCCGGCAGCGAUACGUUGCUGAUCUCUCUUGGCGUAGCGAAGUUGGAGUGAGGCUCGGCCUCUUUCCACGCAUUACUGUCGCUCUCAGUGACGGUCUCGAGCGACGCCUCCCCCUGGGGACGCUCCUGGCUCACCACAGACACUUCGCUGGCCUCUGCGGAUCGUGUGCGGGCGGUGAUGCUGUUGGUGCGGGCGGGCCGGAAGAGAUUGCUGAUUCGCUCGCCCAGUCCCGGCCCGCUCGUGAAGGCCGCUGGGUGUACUCCCGACGGUGGUGGGAUGGGGACAGCGUCGCGGGGAGAUGGCCCAGAGGUGAAGAAAGAGGGGUAGACGUCGACGUGGCCUUUGGCUGCGAUCCACGCUGUCACAAAAUCCGGGCCGAAGUCGCGGAUGGGGAGUGACUUGAGGAGGGAGGGAAGGGUCGGGGGGCCGGGGGGUUUGGUGGCCUUGGUGGUGGUGGUUGUUGGUCCUUUUGCCUGGUCUCCGGCUGUGGCAGCUGACGCAUCUGCUGCUGCUGGUUGUGGUGGUAGUGUGGGCGGGGUGAGGUGACACCACAAGUCAUGUCCGCACUGAUAAAGCGACUGCAGAUACUCGCGCACACGACCCUGAUGCGCAACACAUCCAUCAUACCAAAGAGUAAGAGAGUGAGUCCAUGACCUAUCAGUGAGUGAGCCUCUUUCCUCAAUCUACCCACCCGCAGUUCGUCGGCGGCCUUGUCGACGUCCAUUUUGCUGUCGCUGUCGUGACUCCCGCCCUCACCCUCACUGCCGCUGCCAUUUCUGGACGGCACGGCUGCGUACACAUAAGGCCCCUCCCUUUGCCGCCUCUCCUUGCCACUGGCAGGCGGCAAAGGGAACUGACCCGCAUACGGCCGACACACACGCAUCAGCUCCCUCACCCACCGUCUGUCAGCCUCGCUCGGGCCACAUUGCGACUGAAGCCGCGGCACCCACAGACCACCAGCACACCCUGCCGCCCUGGGAUGGCCCUUGGGCGACCGCUCGCCUUUGGAGCCGCUGUGGCUGGUCGGCCGAGGCACAGUUAUGGCUGCUGGUGGUGGCUCAAGGGGCAACCGCGGGGGCAGAAAUGGGGAUGGCGGGGACGAGGGCGCCGGGGGGACGGGUGGGGGUCGGGCAGCGGUGAAGUGCAGCCGCGCGUGGCCCUUGAAUGGCGGUGUGUGUGACGUGAGAUGGAGGUCGAGAGUCGCAUGGAUGGGGAGGGCCUUGACGAGCGGCCGCAAAGUGUCGUGUGAAUCGGUGACGCCCACCAGAAUGCCGUCAGUGAUGGACCGCUCCAGGAAGCCCUCCAGCCACGGCACCGGGAAGACCGGCAGAUGGAUGCCGCCAAAGGGAGAGAGGUGCGUCACAUGGCCAUCUCCCUCGCCAUUACCGUCUGCCGUCCUCUCGUGGCUGCACUGCAGGAGUUCCCCAAUGGCCAUUGUCCACCGCCAGACGUCAUAGCCGCUCGAACAGACCACCAGCCGCCCCUCGAGCAGCCCCAGCUUGACCACCCUGACCAGGUCGUCACCAAGCUGCUGCACCAGCCACAGCAAACGGCUCGCCCUGUGAGCGUCAAUCGACACGGAUGGCUGGGACCAAUCUGCAUCUGAGAAGCCCUCCCCAUCUGCUUCAUCGUCAUCGCAGCUCAGCGGCGGCAGGGUGGGGAACGACGGGCAUUGGAAAGGUUCAGACGGCAGCCGCCUGGGCGCCCGAGAGAGAUGGCCGGCGAGAGCCUCGAAGGACUGGAUGCCAAUCGUGCCGAUGAGAGCGUCCCGUUCGCUGCCUCCUGCCGCGCCGGUCGGCCGCCGCCUUCGCGCCAAGAGGUUGAUGAGAGGCAGCGGUGAGCUAUCGGGCGUGCAGCAGUGCCACGGUAGUGAGAAGGCGAAAGAUGCAUCGUCCUCAUCAGCCUCAUCGUCUUGAUGAGUGCCGUUGUUGUCCUGCUGGUCGGCUGCUGCCGUCCACUGCGAUAAGACCGCCGCUGCGUGGCGCCAGAGAGAGGUGUCCUGGAGGUAGGCGAGAAUGCUGAUGGGCCGGGUGGCCUGGAUCUGCCACCGUGCGUUGGCGGGAGGGCUCGUGCGCUCCAGGAUGAAGCUGAUGGUUGUGUCGGGCGUCUGGAGAUGCCCGCACAGCGCCGCGUCCGCUCCAUCUGUCAUCAUCUUUGUUCCUUGAAAAAGCUGCCGCACCAGCCCGCAUGACUAGGCUGCUCGAAGCGAGGAGACUCCUUCUCG